AUGGAGGCAGCGGCCGCAGAGCGGGGUCCGGCAGCUGCCGGCGGCGGCGUUGCCCCACUGAGGCCGCGGGCUGCGGCGGUGCCGGAGCGGCUGCAGCGGCGGGAGGCGGAGCGGCAGCGGGAAGCGGAGCGGCGGCGGCAGGAGAAGGCGGCCCAGGCGGUGCAGGAGGAGCAGAGCGGGUUCUUCGCGGCCGCCUUCUCCCGGGAGCGGGCGGCCAUCGAGGCGCUGCUGGGGCCCGGCGCGGGCCAGGCGGAGGCGGCGCUGGAGGAGGCAGCCGCGCGGCUGCAAGGGCUGCAGAAGCUCCUCACCGACAGCGUCCGCUUCCUGGCGCCGUACGAGGUGCGGCAGGCGCAGGAGGCGCUGAGCCGGCUCCAGGGGGCCCUGACGGCCAAGCGCCAGCAGCUGCAGCCCAAGAAGCGAUUCGCCUUCCGGGCCCGCAGGAAGGAGGCGGAGUCCGCCCCGCCGCCCGCCCCGGCCGGCCAGCCGCUCGCGGAGUCCGCCCCGCCGCCCCUGCUCGCGGAGGGCGAAGGGAGCGGCCCCCCACUGUGCGGCUUCAGCCGGGCCGAAGCCCAGACGCUGGAGCUUGGCCCCUCGGAGCUUUUGCAGCGCGAUGUGCUGCUGGCCGAUCUGAGUGACUGCCGGGUGCUUCUUCGCGGCAACCCCAACACUCUCCGGGUACGGGACUGCCGGGGCUGCACCGUGCUCUGUGGGCCCGUCUCCACCUCGGUGCUAGUGGACGGGUGUAGCGACUGCCUCCUGGUCCUGGCCUGCCAGCAGCUCCGCACCCACCGCACCCGGGACACCGGGAUCUACCUGCAGGUGACCAGCCGGGCUAUGGUGGAGGACUGCAGUGACGUUCGCUUCGCCCCCUACACCUGGAGCUACCCAGGCAUCGAGGGCGACUACGAGUCCUCCGGGCUAGACAGAGGUAGGAACAACUGGAACCUGGUGGAUGACUUUGACUGGCUGGCCAGAGAUGAGCCCUCGCCUAACUGGAGCGUGAUCCCUGAGCAGGAGAGAAUCACCCAGUGGGACUGAAUGAGGGCUGCAAAGGAAAAACUUUUCACCCUGCUCUGAGACUGCAGAGGAAACUUGUGACUGUACAGCAGGUCUCAGCAUAGCUGCAAAUAAAACUAUCUUUAAUUCAUUCUAAAACAACUUAAUAGCAGUUUGUGGGUCUUUAAAUGUUGAAUUAUAAUGUGGGAUAAAACUACUUGUUCUAAACUGCUAUAUAUUGAUGUGCUAUGAUAGAGGCUGGUAACCACUGCAGUAUCCCUGUGACAACUCUUUAGGGCUUCUGUGAUUUGUACACUGUUUUCCUGCUCACUGGCAUUGAGCCUCUAAAUAAAGGUAUGCUGCUGCCUACUUGUACAGCUGGAUAAAAUCUGAAUUGCCUUGUGGUGAUGUACAUUUCAGUGGACCAGGAAAUCUAAUGCUCAGACUCCUGAGUUCUAUAGGAUAUUACACUCUGAUUCUGUCUUCACUAGUGUGUGUUCUUCAUAGUAGGUAAUGUGGUAAAAGUUUUUCAGAGAGGUGGAAUUUUUCCAUUGCCCUAGUGCUGUCUGCACUGAGAUUUAGGUUGACUAAAAUUCACACUCCUGAGAUGUAGAUUCACAACCCUAAACUGUGUAGUUAGAUCAGCCUAAAUUUUCAGCAUACACCUAGCAGUUACUUUAGUCUGCUAAUGUGGGUGAAAACUACAACUUGCCUUGUCUUCAUUAGGCUUUUACAAUACGUUGGCCACUAAGGUAAGAACCUCCUCUUUUCCUGGUGGGAGGCUAACCCUUUACUCACGGUUUUGAUCUCAAGUUAACUUGAGAAUCAGUUAACUCAAGGUAAAUAUGUUCAUAAAUGCUGUUCUGGGUGCUAAGGGACAAAUGGUUGUAGCCUGAAACAGCUAUUUGGGAAGUAUCCAGAUUAGCCAUUACAAACAUUAAUUGGCAAAUGAGUUAACUCGAGAUAAAGUUGUGUAAACAAGUUCUUAGAGAACAUAUUUAAGGUAUGCAAUUGGUGAUUUGGUACCACAGAGGUCUUGCUCUAGUAAUAUGGUACAGUUAUCUAAAGGGGUUGAAUUGAUGUGGAAUGUUUGGGGAGGAUGGUUUAGAGAGAACUUCCUUGCCUCUUCUCCCCCACCCCCAAAAAAAAAUUAACUACAAGCUCUUGAUCUACUGUCUGUAUUGCUAGCUUCUCUUUUGUGUAGGCAAGUUGCAUAGGCAAUUUACCAAAGCCUAUUUUGGUGAAGAUGUAGCAGUAGCCCUUCAAAAGCACACUACACGUGCUGUAGCAUUAUGUACUUACAGUAGAAGACAACAUGGAAUAGUCUGCAAGCCUUUGUCCUUUAUUUAAAAAAACCAAACUAUAUACAAGACCUUCCCUUGAAAGUGCUCAUUGUUUACAAGUAGGACAGCUGGUAGAAAGGUGUGGAAACUUGAAACAGAAAUGCCUUGUUCAAAGGUCAUUCCAUUGUAACAUCUCUACUCUGAAAUAUUAGUGUAGAUAAAUAUAAACACUGCCUUGCCUAUUGGAAAAAACACACUGCUCUCUGGGCUGAAGUGCAAUGUUUUAAAACAUCAAAUACAUUCAUAAUCACUGUAAAGCAGUAUCUAGUUGAAGGCCCUCUUAACUACUUGACUUUUUCAAUAAUCAAAUAUAGUCUCACCUAUUCACUGUUUCUUUCCAGAAAAAAGUUGUUACCCUCUUUCAUUUACAAUUUAACUUGUAUGGGUUUGGGGGUAUUCUCACAACUUUGCAGUUUUGUUUACUUGUACUAACUUACAUCUUCUGCCUUACAGUUUCAGGUAUAAUACCAUGAAUGUACUUUAGUGAACUGUAUUUAACUCCAUCCUUAUUUUGUCUAAUUUUCUGCUGAUGUGGAAACUUUUGGCAGUCUAAUAAAUAUGUUCAAAGAAAAUA